AUACGCUUGGAGCUGAAGUAGUUGAGAGUUUUGGUAUUACUUUCACCUUCACAUUCAUCGCCAAGUGAAUCCAAAACAAACUCAUUUAUUUUCUUUAACUAGAUUAUGUUUCUCAGCUAACACAAGCGAAAAAUUGCAGCUGUUAUGUCGCGUUUACUGCGUUCAAAUGCCUCAUUUCCAAGGCUCUAUUCAGUGGCUGUGUUGAAAUGUGGGAGAUCACUGUCUACAAGUUCUGAUACGGUCAAUGGUGCAUCAAAAGUUGAGGAAGCAGAGACAGUUGAAUCAGGACCUCCUUCAACAGAGAAGGUCCUUGUUUUGGGCGGAAAUGGAUUUGUUGGUUCACAUAUAUGCAAAGAAGCAUUAGGGCAUGGUUUGACAGUAUGCAGCCUUAGUAGGUCUGGGAGAUCAUCUCUACAUGAUUCUUGGGCUGACAGCAUAGUAUGGCAUCAAGGGGAUCUGCUUAAACCUGAUUCAUUAGAGCAUGCAAUGGAUGGUGUAACCUCUGUGAUAUCUUGUGUUGGAGGUUUUGGCUCAAAUUCUUACAUGUACAAAAUCAAUGGAUCUGCAAAUAUAAAUGCCAUUAAAGCAGCCACAGAGAAAGGUGUAAAAAAAUUUGUGUAUGUAUCUGCUGCUGAUUUUGGCUUGAUAAACUAUAUAUUACGAGGAUAUUAUGAAGGAAAGAGAGCAACUGAAACUGAAUUGAUGAAGAAAUUUCAAUACAGUGGCGUGAUUCUUAGGCCAGGUUUCAUACAUGGGAGCCGACGAAUUGGGACUAUGAAGUUACCAUUAAGUGUAAUUGGGGCUCCACUUGAGAUGGUACUCAAGCAUGCCAAGCCACUGACCCGAAUCCCAUUGAUCGGUCCUCUCUUUAUACCUCCUGUCAAUGUUACUUCGGUGGCAAAGGUUGCUGUAAGAGCUGCAAUAGAUUCAGCUUUCCCUCCUGGUGUUCUUGAUGUUUAUGAUAUACUACAACACAGCCGAUGAGUAUAAGCAUGAGCCUCUUAAUUAUCUAAUUUUCACAAUCUUCAUGCUUACUCUUUUAUCCUCUUGAUUACAAUAAUAACCUCUUUGAGAAAGCAACACUUCUCUUGAAAGUCAAGUUUCAGAAAAUUCCAGUAUAAGAUUUUAUUUAUUUAUUUAUUUCUCUUUGUCCGUUGUUGUCAGAGAUUGAUUGAAUAUUGGGAUCUUAUGCUAUGUGAUGUAGAAAAUAAAGAAAGAAAAUAAAUGCAUGAAAAAGUUUGGCUUGCUUUCCCUUCCA